CUUAUUUCAGUUGCGAUCGCGGCGCGAGCGAGUCAAGUCCUAUCAUUCGAGAAGCGGGAGUUCCGUUUCGAGCAGACGGGUGGAAAAUUUCUCUCACCUAACCAGACGGUGGUGGAAUCGAAUCGAGAACGUGAACGUGAACGUGAACGCAAACCCAAACCCAAACGGGAACGAAGGGCAGCAGGGGCUGCAGUACUGCUGUCAGUGGCAAAGUUUACGAAGAAUACACACACAGCACAGUGGUUGCAUUUUGCUUUUUAACCCCGACUGGUUGACUGAUUGACAAGAUGACUAAAAACGAUAAUGCGAAUCUGUUGAACGACAACAGACUGGGCACCGCCGGAGCAGGCCAGCUGAAGGCCCAGAUAGUGCCCGCCCAGCCGAAGACCCUGCAGCACUUGCCCAAGCGGCCGGCGGUGGAUUUGGCCUUCCACAACCUGACGUACCGCGUCAAGGAAGGAAACCGGAGCAAUGCCAAGACCAUACUGAAGGGCGUCAGUGGACGGCUCCGGUCGGGAGAGCUCACAGCCAUAAUGGGACCGUCGGGCGCUGGCAAGAGUACGCUGCUCAACAUUUUGUCCGGCUACAAAACGUCGAGCAUCGAAGGAAGCGUCACAAUGAACGGCGCAGAGCGCAACCUCAGCGCUUUCCGCAAACUGUCAGCCUACAUCAUGCAGGACAAUCAGCUGCACGGAAAUCUCACCGUCCAGGAAGCAAUGACGGUGGCGACUAAUCUGAAGCUUAGCAAGAAGUUCUCGAAGCCUGAGAAGCAUUCAAUGAUCGAUGACAUCUUGCUGACUCUCAGCCUGAGCGAGCACCGCUACACGAUGACUCGCAAUCUGUCUGGAGGCCAGAAGAAGCGCCUCUCGAUCGCUCUGGAGCUGGUCAGCAAUCCGCCCAUAAUGUUCUUUGACGAGCCCACCUCUGGCCUGGACAGCUCCACCUGCUUCCAGUGCAUCCAUCUGCUGAAGAUGCUUGCUGCCGGCGGACGCACUGUUAUCUGCACCAUCCACCAGCCCUCCGCUCGGCUCUUCGAGAUGUUCGACCAGCUGUACACACUGGCCGACGGUCAGUGCGUGUAUCAGGGCAGCACCAAGCAACUGGUGCCCUUCCUGUCCACGCUGAAUCUGGAAUGUCCUAGUUACCACAACCCGGCGAGCUACGUGAUUGAGGUCUCCUGCGGUGAGCACGGCGAUCACACCCGAAAACUGGUCGACGCCAUUGACAAUGGCAAGCGGGACAUCCGCUCGGCAGCGGACUACGCAGGGCUCAAGGCUCGAAACGAUCUUGUGAAGGUGCAAAACUUGAAGGCCAUUCUGGACAAGAACGACGCCUCGAACGUCAGCGGCAGCAAGUACGAGGACAACCUGACCCUCAACAACGGCUUGCUCAACGGCAUGGUCAACGAUAUUGUCAAGGAGGGCAAUGGCAGCUCCGCGUUGGUCACCACCAACGAAAAGGGAGACGCCAUGAUCGACGUGGAGAAGUCCGUCAACUGCACCACGGCCCUGCUCACGGAGGAGAUCACAUCCCCAGAGCGUUAUCCGACCUCGCAGUUCCACCAGUUUUGGGUGGUUCUCAAGCGAACUCUACUCUUCAGCUACCGCGAUUGGACCCUUAUGUAUCUUCGAUUAUUUGCCCAUCUCCUGGUUGGAUUCCUGAUCGGUGCCCUGUACUAUGACAUUGGCAAUGAUGGAGCCAAGGUGCUGAGCAAUCUGGGAUUCCUCUUCUUUAACAUGCUUUUCCUCAUGUACACGUCAAUGACCAUUACGAUCCUAUCAUUCCCGCUUGAAAUGCCUGUUUUGUUAAAGGAAAACUUUAAUCGCUGGUACUCGUUAAAGUCCUACUAUCUGGCUAUAUCAGUAGCCGAUCUACCGUUUCAAGCAAUCUUCUGCGUUAUCUACGUGUCGAUCGUCUAUUACUUCACUUCGCAACCGUGGGAGCUCUUCCGCUUCUCCAUGUUCUUGUCGGCCUGCCUCCUCAUCUCGUUUGUCGCUCAGUCCGUUGGACUGGUGGUUGGUGCUGCCAUGAAUGUGCAGAACGGUGUUUUCCUGGCCCCUGUCAUGUCCGUGCCCUUCCUGCUGUUUUCCGGCUUCUUUGUCUCCUUCGACGCUAUACCAGUAUACUUGAGGUGGAUCACAUAUUUGUCGUACAUCCGGUACGGAUUUGAGGGCACUGCUCUGGCCACCUACGGGUAUGGCCGCGAGAAGCUGAGGUGCUUCCAGGUUUACUGCCACUUCAAAUCGCCCACUACGACGCUGGAGGAACUGGACAUGGUGAACGCCAACUUUACUCUGGACAUUGUGGCCUUAAUUGCGAUCUUCGUGGUGCUGCGCAUCUCGGCGUACCUGUUCUUGCGCUGGAAGCUAAAGACUGUGCGCUAGGCAUGUUAAUGCUCUUUGUUGUUUUCGGUUAUAAAAGCUUUCUAUGUACCUACUAUUUGGUUUUCUACAAAGCGUCUUGGGUUCUGUUCUUAACCAUUAAUCUUUACAAAAUUUAUUUUUGCCUAGUUUUUAGUUGCGAAAUUCAUAUUUUAAGUGAUACAAACGAGAGAAGGUUUCACACCUCACGUUAGCUUGAUUCCAGCCGCAGAUGUAGCAAAACCUUACAACAGUUUAACAAACCAAAUCACUGUAAGCACAACAUCAUCGAUAUAAGAAUCGUAUAAUGAAAUAAGUUAUUAAACAUCAAAACCCACAUUUUUGCCAAAAAAAAGAAAAGAAUAU